UCUGUCCCUCUCCUCCUUGUUUCUCUCUGCAGGUACCUGAUGAAUGUGACAUUUGAGGGGCGCAAUCUGUCGUUCAGCGAGGAUGGGUACCAGAUGCACCCCAAGCUUGUCAUUAUUCUGCUCAACAAAGAGAGACAGUGGGACCGGGUGGGUAAAUGGGAGAACGGCUCCUUGUCCAUGAAGUACCACGUGUGGCCUCGCUACGAGCUCUACGGAGGGGCGGCGACCAGGGAGGACGACCAUCUGUCCAUCGUGACGCUGGAAGAGGCCCCGUUCGUCAUCGUGGAAGACGUGGACCCGCUGAGUGGGACCUGCAUGAGGAAUACCGUCCCCUGCAGAAAGCAGAUCAAAACGCUCAAUCAGACCAAGGAGGCGGGGAUCUACAUCAAGCGUUGCUGUAAGGGCUUCUGCAUCGACAUCCUGAAGAAGAUCGCCAAGUCGGUCAAGUUUACGUACGACCUGUACCUGGUCACGAACGGGAAGCAUGGCAAAAAGAUCAACGGGACCUGGAACGGCAUGGUGGGAGAGGUUGUGCUAAAAAAUGCCCACAUGGCCGUCGGAUCCCUAACCAUCAACGAGGAGAGGUCAGAGGUCAUAGAUUUUUCUGUUCCCUUCAUCGAAACCGGAAUUAGCGUCAUGGUCUCCCGCAGUAACGGCACCGUUUCACCCUCCGCAUUUCUAGAGCCCUUUAGUGCAGAUGUGUGGGUGAUGAUGUUCGUGAUGCUGCUGCUGGUGUCAGCGGUGGCUGUGUUCGUGUUCGAGUACAUCAGCCCUGUGGGCUACAACCGCUGUCUGGCUGAUGGCAGAGAGCCUCACGGCCCGUCUUUCACCAUCGGUAAGGCCAUCUGGCUGCUUUGGGGUCUCGUCUUCAACAACUCUGUGCCGGUCCAGAACCCCAAAGGCACCACCAGUAAAAUCAUGGUGUCAGUGUGGGCCUUCUUCGCUGUCAUUUUCCUGGCCUCGUACACUGCCAACCUGGCUGCUUUCAUGAUCCAAGAAGAAUAUGUGGAUCAAGUCACGGGUCUCUCUGACAAGAAGUUCCAGAGUCCCAAUGACUUCUCUCCUCCAUUCCGGUUUGGCACGGUGCCGAACGGGAGCACGGAGAGAAACAUCAGGAACAACUAUCCAGAGAUGCACACCUACAUGACCGCGUUCCAUCAGAGGAACGUCAACGAAGCUCUGCAGAGUCUGAAGGCCGGCAAACUGGAUGCCUUCAUUUAUGACGCCGCCGUCCUGAACUACAUGGCUGGCAGAGACGAGGGCUGCAAGCUGGUGACUAUUGGCAGCGGCUACAUCUUCGCCACCACGGGAUACGGCAUCGCCAUCCAGAAGGAGUCUGGGUGGAAGAGACACGUGGACCUGGCCAUCCUGCAGCUUUUUGGCGACGGUGAGAUGGAGGAGCUGGAGUCCCUGUGGUUGACGGGGAUCUGCCACCACGAGAAGAACGAGGUGAUGUCCAGCCAGCUGGACGUGGACAACAUGGCCGGGGUCUUCUACAUGCUGGGCGCCGCCAUGGCUCUCUCCCUCAUCACCUUCAUCUGCGAGCACUGGUUCUACUGGCAGCUGCGCUUCUGCUUCAUGGGCGUCUGCUCCGGCCAGCCCGGCUUCGUCUUCAGCGUCAGCAGGGGAAUAUACAGCUGCAUACAUGGAGUCCAAAUCGAAGAGAAGAGCAGCUCUGCGUUGAACUCCCCGUCAGCCACCAUGAACAACACCCAUUCAAACAUCAUGCGCCUCCUACGCACUGCCAAGAAUAUGGCCUCCCUGUCAGGGGUGAACGGCUCGCCGCACAGCGCCCUGGACUUCAUCCGUCGAGACUCAUCUGUUUAUGACAUCUCUGAGCAUCGCCGCAGCUUGGCUGGCCAUUCCGACUGCAAACCUCCUUACAUGCCUGAAGACAACAUGUUUAGUGACUACAUCAGUGAAGUGGAGAGGACGUUUGGCAACCUUCAUCUCAAGGACAGCAAUUUGUACCAAGAUCACUAUCUACACCAUCAUGGUUCAACCCCAGGGCUCACUGGUCCUCCUCCCAACAGACCCCACAGUUUGGGCAGUGCUAGUUCUCUGGAGGGUGGCAUGUUUGACUGUGACAGCCUGGGUGGGGGAGUGGCUCCCAUCUUCACCACCCAACCUUGCUCUGCUCUGACCCACAGGAACAUGAGCAAGUUCGACCUGUUGUCCGGACAGACUCCUCCCUCAGGCCAGAGCUUCAAGGGAGGACUGCCUGACAUCUACGGGAAGUUCUCCUUUAAAGGUGGUGCCUCAAGCUCCACUUACAUUCCGGGACCUAGCUACUGUGGGGGGAGAGGAGACGAUGAUGGAAAUAUACGCUCAGAUGUUUCAGACAUUUCCACACACACUGUAACAUACGGAAACUUGGAGGGUAAUGCCAAGAAGCGCAAACAGUACCGCGACAGCUUAAAAAAGAGGCCGGCCUCUGCAAAGUCCAGACGGGAACUGGACGAAAUUGAGCUGGGUUACAGGAGGAAACCCUACCACAUCAGCCACCACCACUACCACAGCCAACGCUCUGCCUCCCCGCCACUGUUGCCCUCUGAACGCAAACGAGGGGGUGGAGGAGGAAACAACAAUGGGAACUCUUACCUCUUCAGGGAAAAGGAGAGUGUUCGGGACUUUUAUCUUGACCAGUUUCGUCCCAAAGAGGGGGUCCCUCAGUGGGAGCAUGUGGACUUGACGGAGGGCCCUGGAAACAGAGAUGGAGGAGUGCCAACAUGCACCUCCUUGGUGCCAGUUGAAGACUUUCUGAAAAGCAAACCCAAAAAGUCUGACUCAAAGGGUGGGCCAGGGUCUGGAUUGGCAGGGGGAGAAUGGGAGUGCAGGAACUGUCGAGCUAGUGGGGGCAAGCAGAUGUCCAUUCAUGGAGGAGGUGGUGGGUAUUCAAGUGGCAUGGGCUGUGGGUCUUCAGCUGGUGGCAGCCGCCCCAGCUCUGCAACCUGCAUGCGCUGUGAGGGUUGUAAAAAGACAGGAAACCUCUACGAUAUCAGUGAGGACAAUAAUCACCCCUUGGAACAAAUGGGGGGAGGGAAAGGCGGGGGAGGAGUGGCAGGUAUGGCCGCAGGCCCUCAGGCUCAAUCUCAGGCCCAGCAGAGGAGAAAGAGUGGAGGAUUUGGGAAGCAGCUAAGGCGGCAGCAUUCGUAUGACACAUUUGUUGACCUUCAGAAAGAGGAAGCAGGUGGAAUGGGAAGUCUGAUGGGAGGCUUAGGGGGAGGUAUGGGUGGACCUGGGAUGGGAGGAAUGCUGCCCCCACCAAGGAGUGUUAGUUUGAAAGAGAAAGAACGCUAUAUGGAAGAAAACAGCCCCUUUGCACACAUAUUUGAACGCCAUGGGGGCUCAGAAAGGGAAAGGGACAGAGACCCACUGUUUUAUGGAGGUGAGAGCCAAAAAGGCUCUGGCUCCCCAUUCGGACUGUUCAGAGGGGGUGAGGGCCUCCACCGCCGCUCCAUCGGAGAGAGAGACAUGAGAGACAGAUCUUUGAUGGAAGGUGGAGGUGGGGCAGCAUUCUCUUUAUCCAAAUCUCUUUAUCCUGACCGGGUAAACCAAAACCCCUUUAUACCCACCUUUGGCGAUGACCAGUGUCUGAUGCACGGAGCCAAACAAUAUUACCUGACAAAGCAACAGCAGCAGCAGCAACAAGUUGCCCAGAACAGCAGAGGUGACUUCAGGAGUCAAUUGAGUGCAACGUCAUAUCUGCCAUCAUCUGCCACAGCUGGGGUGAUGUCCAACGUGCCCCCCCGGUUCCCAAAAGAGCUCAGCCUUGGUGGGAUGAACCACCACGGGUCUAUGUUGGCAGUCGGACCCCCACGUCCCUUCAAUGGAAGCAAUGGCCAUGUGUACGAGAAACUCUCUAGCAUUGAGUCUGACGUGUAAGAGACAAAGAGAAAGAAGGAGGAGAGCAACAGAGGUUCAAAGAGUUUGGAGAUCAGGGGUAUUUCUUAGAACUAUACAGACACAAAGCAGCUUGAGUUCAUGGUGACACAAAGAGAUGACUGAAAGAAGGGUCAAAUGAGUGGCAGAGGCAAAACAGGUAGAGACUGUUGUACAAGAUAGAGAAUGAAGAUAGGAAUAAAAAAUCAGGACAUCCUUAGGGGGUUAAGGAUGCUAAACCUCUCUUAAAAUGGCCAAAGCUACUCUACUUUUACAUCCACAUACAAUCAAUCAACAUUGUCUUUAAUCUCACAAAAGCCCUACACUUAAACAAGUUCCAUCCUCAUAGCCACCAGUGUGCUAAAAGUCACAUUAAUAUCUUGACAAAGAAUCACCUUGUUUUAGUUUUCUACAGGGGCCACAGUUUGAGGGCUCCUGCUGGGUGCUUGUGAGGAACCACAGCAAGAGCGGCAACAGGAGAGAACUGCCCAUGUGCCCCUGUGACAAUUUAGAAAUUAGACGUCGUCACAUUCGCUAGAGCCACAACACAGCCUGUCUUGGACAUCUCUCCCUGAACCCUUACCCACUCCUCUUCUUCUCUGCCCCUGCUUCUCCUCCAUAUCUUUGACACCUAAAGAGCUGUUUGCUGAUGACAAUUACAAUCAUGAAUGAUAAUAAGAUAUUCUUAUAGAAAAACAGGGUAUAAGAACAACAAUAACGUUGUGAAUAACAAAGACAUUCAUGCUGUUUAUGGUAACUCUGCUUGUGAGACCAGACAUUUUGUUUUGUAUUCUGUUGGUAUAGUAUUUGACUAUUCUCUAAGUAUCUGUAGUAGUUGUGUUCCAUUUGCUCCUGGUGGUGCCAGGAAGGUUGUUCUUGGUUCAACCAACAAGCCAGAAAGACUGAAUUUUUUACUCCUGUGUUUUCUUCUGUUUUCUGUAGAAUAUUUUACUCCAUGACCAUUCGUGUAUCUGCUCCAGGAUUUCAAAGACACAUUUGGAGCUGGGAAAUUCUUGAUAUUUUAAGACAUUGCUAAUAAUCAAGCACGCACAUGCUUCAAAACACACACAGUUUCUUUUUCUUUCUUCAGUUUUUCUUUUUUGUCAGUCUGAACUCGUGUUACUGUGAAGAACAACGUUUUCACCAGAAGCUACUGAGAGGAAGGACGUGCCUUAAAGGUCUCCAGUGGAAGUGUCCUCCAGUUUCACACGCAGCUGCACCAGAACAGACCAGCGCUCAUUCAGGCUGCCCAGUGUUGCCGUCACAUAUGAGCCAAACCCGCUGUAGAAAUUCGACAGCAGGCUACUGAUGAUGAUGGUUUCCAUACAAGACGCUGUUUGAGAUCUUUUAUACCUUCGUAAAAAUAUUUCAUAUGUCAGGUAUGGAUGGUGUUUUAUGAACCAGUCGUAAUCAGGAUGUCCCACUGUUACUAAUAAGCUGAUGUGUCUCAGUUCAUAGCAAUGGAAGCCUAUAGACCACCUGUUUUAUCCAUCCUACACAACACCUGUCACUUGGUUCUUGCUAGCAUUACUUCACAUCACACCAACAGUCUGGGAGGCUCGCACAGAAAGCUUUGCUUGGACAUUGUGUAAAACCAACAUUAUGCACUGUCACUUAUGCAGACCUCCCACAACGAAGUUGUAGAAGAAGCUGAUAAAAGGCAGGGUUGAGGAACUGGCUAGGCAACGGGAAGGCAGCUGUCUUGUGAAAGAUUGUUUUUUUCUUUUUUACUCAGACUGUUGUAGAUAGUCUUUAGCUAAAGAGGCCUCAUUUAUUGCACAGGACAUUUUACUCAGUGUAGGUUUGGGCACUCAGUAGACAUGCCUUAUGAUCCCUCUCCCCCAAGUUGACUCAUCAUGUACAGACUUCAGAGGCUUCUAUUAGUUAUUUGAAGGUCCGAUCUAUGAUUGGUUGGUGUCACAAGUUCAAGGGCUGAGAGAUUUCAUACAGGAGUACUGGCCACAGAGAGGACCUACCGGACUGUGUGUUAAACGAUUUUUGUAAUUAUGUCACACCCCAAUAUAAAAGCACUCAUGCAAUAGGUUGAUAUGUGUGUUUGUGCGUUUGAAGAGAACCAGACCAUUAUUCAACAAUAAGUGCUUUUUCCCCCCUAAUCACGCUGUUAAAUAUUCAUUACUUCAACAGCCUGUACUCCCUAACUCCUCGGAUAACACUGAGACUGAUCGAGUUAGCCUUAAAUCAGAUGCACCCUCCCUCCCUCCCACAUACACCCCCCAUGACACUCCUAAUAAAUAACUUGGGAUCUCUGGAAUUUUUAUACACAUUUUGAAAGUUCAGGUGAACCAAACUCAGCAAGGAGGAAGAAGGGUUUGACGCAGAAAUAAAUGGUUAGUUACGAUUUUUGAAGCGAGGCUCUGUGAUGUUAUCAAGAGUAGUUUCUUUAGUUGCACUAGAAAGAUUCGUUAUUGCAGUGAGUUAAGGAGAAAAGUGAAAAAAGUUGUUAUACAUCAAUCACACUAUAGAGUUUCAACAAAGUCUUCCUGCAGAUUUGACAGUACAGCUGCUAGUUUCAUCACCAGUUAAGCCAGAUUGCAUUACCUAUUUUCUACAUAUGGAAAUAUGGCAUGAGCCUUUACAGCUAAAGACACCAUAAACAGCACAUAUACGCGCCACUGCUACAAAAUGAAUGUAGGUGCUACAAAAAUGCCACGGCAAUGAUCCGAUAAUAACAUCACUUAAUUUCAUGUGACACCAUGCAAAGGCUCUGUUUGCUUGGAAAAUUCACUCGUGCUAAAUACUUGGAGUGGUUCCAACGGAUGGGCAGUCUGACCUACUUUUUGAUUAUUUCAGCUUGGGAAUGUUUAACCUCUUGAGGGCGUACUUAGACUGUUUAUAGAGCAUUGAAUUUUAAGCCCAAAAUGAUCAGACAAAAAGAAGGUGAUGACUCAGCAUAUUAAUAUACUCUAUCCGGUUAUAGGACGCCACACAUUUUGAACCAGUACAAAUCUAUUUUGCAAACCAACGGUGUUUUAUAACACAAAAUGUGUUAAUUUAAUCUGCAUUAGACACAUGUAACAUACAUUUCUUUUGAUAAACCAACAUAAUAGCAGCCUUUAAUUAGUGGAAGACUAACUGCUAAUAAUAUGCAGUUACAUUGGUUGCAUGUUGUUUGGCUGAGAAAACAACAGCCCCUGCACAAACAGGUAAGAUCUGCUAAUCUAGUGUUUAGUUUUAUCUAUUGGAAUGUUUUCCAGACAUAUUUCUGGCUGAAAUCAGAUCAUUUCUUAACUUUUCUAUAAACCGACUGCAACAUGAUGUUUUUCCGUCACAGCUAGAGCAGUUAUCGCGAGUAAUAACUUCAGAGAGCCUCACUUCAAAAACUCAGAACUGCCCGUUUAAGAAUCUGAGAGACUUUGGUUUGGGCAUCAGUGUCAGCAUUAGUACGUUCGAUCUUUUUCAUGUAAAUAAAUAUAUAUUUAAGAAUCUUUUCACUUUGUACAGUAAACAGACAGACAGGAUGUAACUUUCAGUAUGUUUUACAAUUUAAGAAAUAAAACUGUGAUAAAAACUCAUAAAAUAAAAAAAAAUCUGAAUAAAAAUAUGCAAAAUAUAGAAUAAGACACAAAUAUUACUAAUCAUAAGUGAUAUAAUUGAACCUUUUUUUUCUUUAAAUCUCAUGUUUACUUGAUUAUAAUAGUUUUACCAAUACGGAUUAUGUUAAGAGUUCUGAUUUUUUUUUAUUAUUAUUAUUAUUAUUAUUAUUAUUAUUAUUAUUUUCUCUAAAUUGUUGCAAACUGAGGAUAAUUUACUGUAGGUGUAGACGUUUAGUGAUUAAAAAAAGGGAAAGCUUAGUUUUAGGAGUCUAUGUUAAGUUUCCCUUGGAUUGUGUUAGACUCUACCUUUUUAAGAUAAGCUCUUUCUCCAUGCUUUUCGGCAUAGAUUCAAUUAUCUAAACAUUUAUAUAAUACGAUAUUACAUGUAUACAGAGGUGAUAUUUGCAUAUAGAGGCAGCAGUAUAUUGUGAUCCUUCAUUUCGAAGCAGCCAUUCUUGUUUAAAAGUUUUCGAGGCGUUUGUGUUUUUUGUUGCCCAUUUUUUUUGGACUUGGGCUCUAAACGGCAAUUGCACACAGAAUUUAGAGCCAUCAUCGGCCCGGCCUAUCCUGCUCCCUCUCUUUGUUUGGGAUAGACAUCACUGUGGUAAUGGAAGAUUACACUUACACACACACACACACACACUUAGGCACACUGGACGUUUUUCCAGUGUUGAUGUUGCUGAGAGUUUCAGCAAAAUAUUGUGGAGAAACCAACCAAGCCGAAGUGCAGAGUCAUCUCCGUGAAAGUGCGGCUGAAAUGCAUUUGUGCAACCCCUUAUUAAAAGGUGAAACAUUUGUUCCGUCGUGUCUCAUUUUGUGCAGGCUUUUUCCCCCCCGCUGCUUUAUUUGAACUCGCGUUGCUAAACUGUGUUACUUGACAGCCGAAAAGCCCUAAAAUGCUCCGUAUUCUCAUUCAUUUGAUUCUUUAUUUAUGUCUUGUGUGUGUUCCUCUGCAUUAGAGAGAGGGAACCAUCUUUAUUAAUUUGCAGCGGGCGCAUGUGAGACGCCAUGCAUUCGGAAAUGAUUUUUCUCCUCCUUAUUUUGUGUGGUUCUAAUUCCAAUAAGUCCGUGUAAUCUUCUCCUCCAGCCUGAGAGAAGAAAUUCAUCUUUCCACUGUUUCUUUUUUUCCCCUUCUUUUCUCUAACUGCUUUCGUGUCCACGGGGUUGAUUGAAAAGUGAAAAAUGUAUCGGUGUGCACAUAAACUCUGUUAGCGGUCCAUUUUUCCCCCUCUACAAGGCACUGAAAUAAUUCAAGUCAUUUGCAAUAAACAGCACAACCAAACAAAUAAUGUUCAUAUUGUACUCUAAAUAUGUUAAUUUAUCAGCUCUUGUUUUACAGGCAUCAGGGUGGCUAGCAAGGGCUAGCUAAGUCCUGUGGGCUAUGACGUAGAGGUGUACCUGAUACUGUUAAAAAAAAAUCAUACCGACCGUCAGAUUUUCACCCCUGCAGCUCAGGUCCGGCUGUGAAGCAGAUUAAGUUGGGCUUGUCAUUAGUCUUUAGUCCCCCUUAAGGCCAAAUUGGUCCUAGUCUCCGGUUUCUGCAAACGAGCAUGUCACAACAUAUUUGGUUCACGAAGGGCAAAACACUGUGUCCCCUCUUUCCCCGGUGUUAACACACGAAGAAGAAGUGGCUCUAACACGCACGUGGGCUACAACACGGUGGAAGGUGUUUUUCUUUUCUAUCAGGAAUAUCGACCCGAAUGAGGGCAGAAAAGGAAGACAGGUGUGUGAUGAUGACAUUCACUUUCCUGACUUUGAAACUGCUUGUGUUUAUUUGAAAAAAGAAAUAAUAAAAAAGAUGAGUCAGUCGUGUGAUUUCGUCCCAUGCAGACAGGAAGAAUUAAACUGUGAUAUUACAUAACUGAUUGUUCUGAAUCUUUAUGUAACUAAGCAGUUCACACUCUAUCAGUUGCUCUCUGUUCAUUGAAAACUGUGUUUCUCCCCCCCUUCGUAUUUUAGUUACAGACCUCUGUGUGUUUGUCUGUGUAUACAGUGCCUUGCAAAAGAAUUCAUGGCUCUUAAAUUUUGUCACAUGAAACUGCAAUACCUUUUACUGGGAUUUUAUCUGAUAGAGCGAGUUGAACUGGGGGUCUGCCAAAUAUUUAAGAAAAAUCAUCCAUAGUUUUGGCCUCUACAAUAACUGCGCCUGAUUUUGUUUGUUUGUUUGUUUAUUUAGGCAUAUCAAAGUAAAGGUGGUUAAAGGAAAAUGGUUUUCAAAUAUUUCUGCAAAUAAAAACUCUGAAAAUUGGAGCAAACAUUUGUAUUUUUCCUCCCCUACUCUUAACACCUCAAUAGUUUUUUGGUUUUUUUUAAUCACACAUUUUGGCUGUGCUUACUAAUUAGGUAAGCCAUUUUUAUUUAGGUAUAUCAAAGGAAGCAUGGUUGAAUACUUCAAAUAUUUUUAUUUUUAGAAAUAAAGAUCUGAAAUUUAGACAUAAUUGUUUUGAGCCACUUCUACUCUGAUAGCCCUAAAUAAAAUAAUUUGUCUUUGUUUUUCAGAGAUGGGAUCAAAUUACACUCUGGGGACGCUACUGGUUUUCAUUUAAAAUUAACUGGUUAUGUUUUUCUUUAGGGGUAUCAAAGAAAAGGGGUCUGAAUUCAAAUUCAUACCACAUUUAUUUUUGUUUUUUAUUUUGAAAACUAUAUGUAAAUUCCCUUCCGCUCUGACAAUUAUGCCCUGCUUUGUGUUGAUUUGUCACAUAAAACCCCGAAAUGUGGAAGAGUUUAAGGGGUUGGAAUACUUUUCAAUGUGCUGUGUGUGUACUAUCUCUUGAUACUGCUUCAUAUUGAUGCACACCAAAUUUUCUACUCAAUUGUGUACAGUUCUGUUUGUUAAUAUUCUUGUUUUCCAUCUUCACUCACUGUCAUUCCUGAGGUAUUUGCUCUGUGUUGCAUAAGGGGUUGCAACGCAAUGUAUUUCCCAAAAAGCGAGAAGAAGUCGCCAAAAACCACAGAGACUGCAUAACUUGACCACAGUAACCCGUGGCUGGCGGAAGUGUAACAUAUGAGCAGUGACCACUGGUAUGCAUAAUCAUACACAACAUUGCUCCUGGCCGUUGUUUUCUCUUUUCUUGGCCAUUUUCUUUGAAAUAAUGCCAAAAUUUUUACAGCAGAAAAACCACACAAAAACAGCUAAUUGUACAGGUUCUGUAUAUACCAAAUACUGGGGGAAAAGUAUUUACCUUCACCUUUUUUUGUAUUAAAAAUGAUUGACGUAUUCUCAAUAGCAAAUUUAACCAUGUCAUGACAAAACUGCAAAAAAGAAAAAAAAAAAAACAACAUCAUUAAGGUACUUCUAAUAAGGAUAAUGCCGAUAUCUACCAUUAUAAGUGCUGAAAUAAGACUAUUCUUUCUCUUUGUACAUGAUGAACAAAAUGAAGUGUUGAGUAUUAAUAAUAAAAAGUAUAAGUUUCA